UCCCAGCCUCCAGGUAUGGCUGCCGAGAGGCCAGAGAGAGCAUCCAGAGAGAGAGAUGGAGCCAAGAACGAGGAGGAGGAGGAGGAGGAGGAGAACGUGUUCCUGCCCUGGGAAGACAGCUGGAGGCCCUGGCCAAGAGCCCGGAGGACGGUGCAUGGUUGCCUGGAGUGCAUCAAGCGGCAGCUCUUCCGCGUUGGGGACGAUUGGUAUUUCCUCUUUGCCCUGGGUGUCAUCAUGGCACUGGUCAGCUUCGCCAUGGACUUCACCGUUUCCAGGGUUGCCAGCGCGCAUGUGUGGCUUUACCGAGAGGUUGGGGACUACCCGGUGCUGAAGUUCCUCUCCUGGACCAUGUACCCGGUCGCACUGUCGGCGUUUUCCACAGGCUUUGCGCAGAGCAUCACUCAGCAUGCUGGAGGCUCUGGGAUCCCCGAGCUCAAGACCAUCCUGACCGGCGUCAUCCUGGAGGAGUACUUGGCCAUGGAGAAUUUUGGGGCCAAGGUUGUGGGGCUCACUUGCACCCUCGCCUGCGGGAGCACCGUCUUCCUCGGAAAAGUGGGACCCUUUGUCCACCUCUCCAGCAUGAUUGCAGCCUACCUGGGGAAGAUCCGGAUGAGCGUUUCCGGGGAGUAUGAGAACAAAAGCAAGCAAAACGAGAUGCUGGUGGCGGGAGCGGCCGUGGGCGUGGCAACCGUCUUUGGGGCUCCCAUCAGUGGCGUCCUCUUCAGCAUCGAGGUCACGUCCUCUCACUUCGCGGUCCGGGACUACUGGAGGGGCUUCUUCUCAGCCACCUGCGGCGCCUUCAUGUUUCGCCUGCUGGCCGUUUUCAGUAGCGAACAAGAAACCAUCAUGGCCCUCUUCAAGACCAGCUUCCGGAUCGACUUCCCCUUUGACCUGCCGGAGACCGUUUUCUUCGCCUUCCUGGGCGGGAUCUGCGGUGUGCUGAGCUGCGCCUACCUCUUCUGCCAGCGCUGGUUCCUGGCCUAUGUCUGGAGGAACACCUUCACGGCCAGGCUGCUGGCCACCGAGAAGCCCCUCUACUCGGUGCUGGUGGCCUUCCUGCUGUCCUCCAUCACCUUCCCGCUUAGCCUGGGACAAUUCAUGGCCUCCAGGCUGAGCAUGAAGGAGCUGCUCACCUCCCUCCUGGACAACCGCACCUGGAGUGUCCUCUCCCAGAAUGCAUCGCUUGACAGGCCUCCCCAGGUGGACCCCUCCAAUCUGUGGCAGGAGUGGUGGGAUCCAAGCAUCACCAUCUUUGGCACGCUCUCCGUCUUCCUGGGGAUGAAGUUUUGGAUGCUGAUCUUGGCCACCACCAUGCCCAUGCCUGCUGGGUACUUCAUGCCCGUCUUCGUUUACGGAGCUGCCAUCGGGCGCUUGGUGGGUGAGGCUGCGGCCUUCGUCUUCCCCAGGGGUAUCACCGCCGAGGGCCCCCCCAGCCCCAUCACCCCUGGGGCGUACGCACUGGCAGGGGCAGCCGCCUUCUCUGGCUCAGUCACCCACACCCUCUCCACCGCCUUGCUGGCCUUCGAGAUGACAGGGCAGAUCGCCCACAUCCUGCCAGUCCUCCUGGCCGUCCUGGUCGCCAACGCCAUCGCCCAGAAGUUCCAGCCCUCCUUCUACGAUGGCACCAUCAUCGUCAAGAAGCUGCCGUACCUGCCCCGCAUCCGGAGCAGGCACAUCGGGUCCUACACGGUCACCACCCGAGAGUUCAUGAACACCGAUAUGGUCAUCCUGGCUCAGGAAGCCCCCUUCCAGGACAUCCUCCAGGUGGUCACCACGACGGACGACCAGGAAUAUCCCGUGGUAGACGAUGCUGAGUCGCUGAUGCUGCUGGGGGUGGUCCAGCGAGCCAGUCUCAUCCAGUUUCUCCAGACCUACGAGGAUGCCAGCCUGCCCCGGAAGGAGCAGGGGAAAGAGCCUCCCUUGGGCCAGACCUUGGGAGAAGGCUGCACCAUCAGCCCUGUGACCCUGCAGCUCUCCCCGUGGACAUCCCUGCACCAGGCCCACCACCUCUUUGAGCUGCUGAACCUGCAGCGGGCUUUUGUCACCCAGCUGGGGAAAGUGGUGGGGAUCGUGACCAGGAGGGAGUUAAGGAAAGCCAUCGAAGACCUGGCAAAUCCCAAACCUGUGCAGUAGUGCCGCUGAAAAGCAGAGCCUGCGUGAGGAGGGUGCCGGAGAGGUGAAGCAGUGUAUUUAACGUCUGUGGUUUGUGAUCUGGCACUGUUUGCUAAUGGAAGAGCUGUUCUCUGACCUGCAUAGGCUUGACAGGAACAGAAGUAAAAUAAAAUUGAAAAACUGGCAAGUGGAA